GUUAGGAGAGGCUUCGGAGUAUCUUAUUUUCGAAGACACCUAGCAAGUAAAUAAACAUUUGUCAAUUGUUACAAAACAUUGUAAUUAAAAAUCGAUACUUCCGUUGCCGCCUUCCCCAUGAUUCCUAGAAAAUUCUUUCCGUUUGGAAAUCGCAGAGGUUUUUGCUGUGUUCAUCCGUUCUCUGUAUGUGAGCUAUUUUCUCAGGAAAAAAGAAAAUCAUUACAAGAUAAAGUAUCCAAGUUGCAUAGGGCACGAUCCUCUUCGAUUCGUGGUGUAGUCGAUGAGAAUCAAAUAGGACUACUGAAACGAGCAGCAGUUUUAGUUCCUUUAGUCUCGGUCAAUGGCCAAUCAUGCCUGCUCUAUACAGCUAGAUCAUCUAACUUGAGAUCCCAUGGUGGGGAAAUAAGCUUUCCCGGUGGAAAAUUUGACAGUUUGGACAAAAAUGCUGAAGGAGCUGCCCUACGAGAAACUGAAGAAGAACUGGGCUUAAACAGAAAUCUAUUUGAGAUUUGGGCACAAUUACCAUCUCUGCAGGGAAGGGAUGGCAAAACAGCUAUCACACCAGUUAUUGCUUUAUUGAGGGAACCACUGAUUUUAUCCAGCUUGAAGCCAAAUCCUGAAGAAGUUUCAAGCAUCAUCAUUUGCACUGUAGCUGAGCUGUGUCAGGAGAAAAAUCAAGCCUUCACCCAGUUCAGGGCCGGAUACACUUUGCCAGUUUAUUUUGGCCAGCAGACCGAUGACAACCGUCAUCCAAAGAUAUGGGGUUUGACUGCCAUUAUCACUCACCUAACUCUUAAUGCUCUAAUACCAGAUGUGUAUAAAUUGAAAUUACCGUUCGUUAAAAAAAUCCGUAGGAUUUCGAGUGAUAAAUGACAAAGGACAGGCAGAGAGUAAUCGUUAGUAAGAUUUAUAGAAUUAAAAGUGAGACAAAAG